GUACGUAGGUCACUGUUUAUUCUAACAUGUCAAUGUCACUGAUGUCAGUGAUGUCAGCUGAUUUAAUGUCAGUACAUGUUACAGGUGGCAGUAGUAGUAGUGGUUUGUUUUUUAUGCACUGAGAGGACAAGGUCAUUAAAGAAAUACAAUUAACUACUGCUGUGUUCCGUAUCGCUUUGCGUCACGUAUUAUCGUCAAUUCAAAAAUAACAAAAUUAAAAAAUAGUUUAGCGGUGUCAGUGUUAUUCUCGUGUGCAAUUAAAGGUCAUCCCAUCGACUUUCAACUUAGCACUGCAUAAAACUAUAAAAAGAAUUUACAAUUAAGUAAAAUGGCCGAACCACUACGUGUAGUUAUCACCGGAGCAGCCGGUCAGAUAGCUUAUUCUUUACUGUACAUGGUGGCUAAAGGAGAUGUUUUUGGACCCAAUCAACCAAUCAUUCUUCAUUUGCUCGACAUCCCAUUUAUGAUGGGUGUGCUCGAAGGUGUCGUUAUGGAACUGUCUGAUUGUGCUUUGCCUCUUUUACACGGGGUGAUACCAACAGACGAUCCCAACGUUGCAUUUAAAGAUGUAUCUGCUGCAUUUUUGGUUGGUGCUAUGCCUCGCAAACAAGGUAUGGAACGCAAGGAUUUGCUUGGAGCCAACGUGAAAAUUUUCAAAGUCCAAGGUGAGGCGUUGGACAAGUACGCGAAAAAAGACGUAAAAGUAUUAGUAGUAGGCAACCCGGCCAACACCAACGCUCUAAUUUGUUCUCGCUAUGCUCCAUCUAUACCCAAGGAGAAUUUUACUGCGAUGACCAGACUAGAUCAAAACAGGGCUCAGGCGCAAAUAGCAUCAAGAGUUGGUGUUCCUGUUCAGCAAGUGAGCAACGUUAUUAUUUGGGGUAAUCAUUCCUCCACUCAGUUUCCUGAUGCGGCUCACGCGACUGUUUCCAUCGAUGGAAAAUCGAUCCCUGUACCAGAAGCCGUCAAAGAUUGUGAUUGGUUGGGAUCGGUGUUUGUGGAAACUGUCCAAAAACGAGGAGCUGCCGUCAUUGCCGCCAGGAAAAUGUCUUCGGCAAUGUCAGCUGCCAAAGCCGCCUCUGAUCAUAUGAGAGACUGGUUCUUGGGUACAGCACCAGGUAAUCACAUGUUUUAUUUAUAG